CGGGCGGGGCUCCGCCUUCUGGUCGCGCCCCAGGCUCAAGGUCUGUGAACAACCCCGGGGGCUCACCGUCGGCGAACAGUUCCGCCGCGAGCUGGGGAUGCUGCUAGUCCGACCAGCGCUCCGCGGUGCCCUGCUGGCCCGCCCCUGGAGGGAACCCGGGCUGUGGUGGAAGCACACGGCCUCCCUGAAGGUGGUCAAUGAGCCGGUCUUAGCAUUCACGCAGGGCAGCCCCGAGCGAGAUGCGCUGCAGAAGGCCUUGAAGGACCUAAAGGGCCGGACGGAAGCCGUUCCAUGUGUGGUGGGGGACGAAGAGGUGUGGACGUCAGACGUGCAGUACCAGGUGUCGCCCUUCAACCAUGGACACAAGGUGGCCAAGUUCUGCUAUGCAGACAAGGCCCUACUCAACAAAGCCAUCGAGGCCGCGUUGGCCGCCAGGAAAGAGUGGGACCUGAAGCCUGUUGCAGACCGGGCCCAGAUCUUCCUGAAGGCAGCAGACAUGCUGAGCGGGCCACGCAGGGCAGAGGUCCUUGCCAAGACCAUGGUGGGACAGGGUAAGACGGUGAUCCAGGCGGAGAUCGACGCGGCGGCUGAGCUCAUCGACUUCUUCCGGUUCAAUGCCAAGUUUGCCGUGGAGCUAGAGGGGCAGCAGCCCCUCAGCGUGCCGCCGAGCACCAACAGCGUCGUGUACCGGGGACUGGAGGGCUUCGUGGCGGCCAUCUCCCCCUUUAACUUCACGGCGAUCGGCGGCAACCUGGCGGGGGCACCGGCCUUGAUGGGCAACGUGGUCCUGUGGAAGCCCAGCGACACGGCCAUGCUGGCCAGCUAUGCCGUCUACCGCAUCCUCCGGGAGGCGGGCCUGCCCCCCAACAUCAUCCAGUUUGUGCCAGCCGAUGGGCCCACAUUUGGCGACACUGUCACCAGCUCGGAACACCUCUGCGGUAUCAACUUCACAGGCAGCGUGCCCACCUUCAAACACCUGUGGAAGCAGGUGGCCCAGAACCUGGACCGGUUCCGCACCUUCCCACGCCUGGCCGGAGAGUGUGGGGGGAAGAACUUCCACUUCGUGCACCGCUCGGCCGACGUGGACAGCGUGGUGAGCGGGACCCUGCGCUCGGCCUUCGAGUACGGCGGCCAGAAGUGCUCAGCCUGCUCCCGCCUGUACGUGCCGCGGUCGCUGUGGCCGCAGAUCAAAGGGCGGCUGCUGCAGGAGCACGGCAGGAUCAAAGUGGGCGACCCAGCAGAGGAUUUUGGGACCUUCUUCUCCGCCGUGAUUGAUGCCAAGUCGUUCGGUCGCAUCAAGAAGUGGCUGGAGCACGCCCGCUCCUCACCCAGCCUCACCAUUCUGGCCGGGGGCAAGUGUGACGACUCUGUGGGCUACUUCGUGGAGCCCUGCAUCGUCGAGAGCAAGGACCCUCAGGAGCCUAUCAUGAAGGAGGAGAUCUUCGGGCCCGUGCUGACCGUCUAUGUCUACCCGGACGACAAGUACAAGGAGACGCUGUGGCUGGUCGACAGCACCACCAGCUACGGCCUCACGGGGGCAGUGUUCGCCCAGGAUAAGGAUGUUGUCCAGGAGGCCACAAGGAUGCUGAGGAACACGGCCGGCAACUUCUACGUCAACGACAAGUCCACUGGCUCCGUGGUGGGCCAGCAGCCCUUUGGGGGGGCCCGAGCCUCUGGAACCAAUGACAAGCCAGGGGGGCCCCACUACAUCCUGCGGUGGACGUCGCCCCAGGUCAUCAAGGAGACCCACGAGCCUCUGGGGGAUUGGCGCUAUGCCUAUAUGCAGUGAACCCCGCUCGGUGCCUCUGCUGUCUGUCCGGACGGCUGACCUCAGUGCCCUGGUCCUGCUCCAGCCCCUUUGACCUGCUCCCCGUGGGACGGCCGCCUCUCCAGGGCCGAGACUGCCCGCUCUCCCUGACUGGGCUACAUCCUGGCCUGUCCCACCCCUCGGGGGCAGGUACGGGCUCUGAUUUGAGACCAUGCUGGGGAGGAACAGGGCUGCCACCCCUUUAUCGCGGCUGUCCUAGAGAUUUCUAUCUGGCAGGUUCUCCGCCUGUCUUCUUCUGCGCUGUGGCCCAGAGGCUUAGGGACCUGGGGAAUGGCAAUAGAGUGCCUCCCAGGAUCCCUUACAGGACAGGGAAGCAGCUCUGGGCCCCUUGGCGAACCUGAGCAUCCACAGAGUCUCCUGGCCUUGGCCUUGGCUCCUCCAGGGCUCCAGGAUGAGAUGUGACCUGGGGUGGCUGCGGGGCAUGGGGGCACCAGCUGGCCUGGCCUUCUUUGGUCUGGGCUGCCCACCUUCCUCACCAGCAGUUGGCCCACGCCCACCUGGGCCAGCAGGUACCUGGGCCUGACCAUAUGCCUUAGACACUCGUGCGCCUUUCCCCAGGGCACCUGUGUUCUCCUGAGGCCCACGUGAUUCCUGGCAGUCUUCGUGUGGUGGGCUUGGGGGGCCGGCAGAAGCUACCUGCCGAGGUGCAGGAUUUGGUAGGCCUUCCCGUUUGGGCUAUGGUUUUGGAAAACCCUGGGUGGGCCUUUGUGCCAUCUAUCUCAGCUUGCCAUCAGCUCGCACCUCCCUGCCUGUGUUGGCCCAGGCUUUCCUGCAGGGGCUCGGCCCUCACAGGCUGUGGUAGAACAGGCCCGGGGAGACUGCUCCCACCUUCUCCCAGCCCCGAGAGCUGGCCUUGGGUUCCCGUCUGGCCUGGGCUGAGGAUGGCCCACAGAACCUUCCCUCCUUUGCACAGAGGUGGCUCUGUGUGGACUGCCCCUAGGCGGCCUGUUAUUCGACGUAGCCAGCUGGUGGACACUCAGAACCCCUGCGAAUUGGACUGCAGGGGGCUGAGGAUCAAUAAGGGGUGACGUUGGAGGACAGUUUUUACGGGGCCCCAAGAGUCCUGGCCCUUCAUCAAGGACAACUAGCAGGGGUCCCCGUGGGGCUGGCCCCGAGCACCAUGGUUGCACACUGUGGCCCGCGACCCGGGGUCAGGCUGCCGGGGCAGAGCGUUAGUUCUGCCUGGAGAGGCCAGGGCGGUCGGCUGGGGAGAGGCGCUGGAGGUGGGCCUUGUUCUACUGGUGUGACACUGUGAGGUGGUGGUGUGAUUCGCUCUGCUGCCGUCCUAAUAAAUACUUGUGACUUAA